AUGAGUGACUUUGGUGGAUUGGGUAUUGUACUUGAAGAAGAACAUGAAGAACAGAAACGACAUUACACCAGUGACAGCACAAGUAUACCUAGGAGCAUUACAACCACAACCAAGCCCUCAGAUCAACAACAACAACAACAGCAACACCCACUAGCCCAACUGCUGUUACCAUCAGACGACGACCUUAACUACUACACUGAUAAUCAAACCCAUCACCACUUUUCACUCAGUCUGCGAUCGCCACUGCUGUCACAGUCACAGUCACAAUCAGAACAACAACACCAACAGCAGGCGAGAUUCAGUACUAUCUCAGCACAAUCAAGCACCACAAGUAUACCCAACCGGGCUUCAUCUCAAACCGUACCAUCAAAAACAUCAACAGUCUUGCAGUCACCACAGCCUUUACUUUUAAUAAAUACUUCAACACCAGGCACUCCUGUGAUUAAUGCCCCUGUAGUGAAUGCUGGGAUACUACCACCACCCUCUCCCGCUCAGUUACAGAAGAUACACCAACAACAAACGCUGCAGCAACAGCAACAGCAACAGCAACAGCAACAGUCACAAUCACAACCAAAUUCCGGCACCACUCCAGCUGAUGAAGAAGAGGUUCUUUUACCUCCAUUACCCGAUGCUAUCGAAGACUUGAAAUCUCCUUUAAACGCCACUCCAUUUUCCAUUCCUAACUCGGCAAAUAUUGAAGAUCUACAUUCCACAUCAACUUCUGUUCAUGAUACUACAAACAAGUUUCAAACUACAGAUAACGGCAACGGCAACGGCAACGGCAACGACUACAACGAAGACAGGGACGAUGAUGCAAGCACCAACUACAGUAUCAACUCCUCCGAGUUUAAUCCAAUAUAUCAAAAUGGCAAGAGUUCUUACUCCAACUAUGCAUUGGAUUCACCUACUUUUUUAAUAGAUCAGCAACACCAACAACAACAUCAACAGCUGCAGUCACAGUCACAGACUAUGCAAUAUUUCCCAACGCUUCUGAAACUGCACCAACACCCAUCUAGCUCCAAUCUAAGUGAUUCAGCACUCUUGUCAUCUGCUUUAGGUGGCUUAUCUGGAUCCAGUACCCAAUUAUCUGCACUAAACUCAAACAACAAUAAAGUUUCACAAAUAAUGUCUUCCUCUUCAAACACUACUACACCAAAUGAAAAGACCAGUCCUUUGAAACGUUUGAAGAAUUUGAAGAAUGGGAUACGCAAGUUGUCGUUGGGAAGUAACUCAAGUCUGAAUAGUGGAGCUGACACUCUUUUUAGUCUGAAACAUAUCAACGGCAACAGCAACAAUAGCAACAAAAAUGAUCUCACAUCAUCAAGUUCCACCCCCGUAAACUCUAAACCUGGUGUUUUUUCAGCAAUAAACUCAAUCACAGCCAACCCAUUCCCCACAAGACCACUGUUGAGUCCGUUGCAAACUGAAGAUAGAAAUGUACCUGUUACUGCCACUUCAACAGGAACGCCUGUAACAACACCAGGUAGUACCAAGUCGGUUCCUGCGUCAAAUAUGUUUACUAAUAGCAUUGCUGGCCAAUUGAGUGGCCAAUUUCAGCAACCGCCAGCACCACAACCACAAAGACAAAGCAGACACCAACACAACAAUUCUUCGUCCUCAACAUCAACUACAUCUUCGUUGACCUCCUUGCUCCGUGCCAAACGAUCUCGUGCUUGUAGUCAAGGUACAGGAAACGCAAUAUUCACACCAAUUACCCCACCACCUUUAUUGGCGUCACCAGUAAUUACUUUCAGUGAAAAUUUGCAAUCUACAAAGGCAACAUUGAACAACAUUGAACAAAAUUAUUUCGAUUGCUUGGCUGCGCAGACACAGACACAGACACAGAGUCAAGUUGCUCCUAGUGUUGCUUCUACCCCAACUACAACAGCAAGACCCACACGGACGUCUUCGUCGGUGUCGAUGAACAAGUCCGUGUCUUCAACAGGGUCAUAUUUUACCACAACCGGUACAAAACAUCAUCAACAACAACAUCAGCAGCAGCAGCAGCCACAGAUGGCUUCAUCCUCGACACAAGUCAACUCCAUUGAAGAAAUGACAACUGUUGAAGAUUUGCUCAAGUACUCCGAUUUCCUAACUAAUCAAAAACACUCUAUUGACGAUGUUUUCCAAAAGACUAAGGAAAAAUUGGAUGCUUCUGGAUGGUGUUCACAAUAUGACUUGCACAAUUUGCAAUUGCAACAAGAUAGUUCACGAUGUCAAAUUGAUACUUUGAUUUUGAAAAUUGAAGAACGGUUGAAUCGCGAUUUCAAUUUUUCCAUGUUGAAUGGUGGUGGCGGUGGUGGAGAUGCUCAAGGUAGAAACGACUAG